AUGAGGGACUUAGGGUUCAGGGUGCUGCAGACUGCUCCGUUCGGCGGCAGCAACAGCAGCCCUGCGCCCGCGUUCAGCAGCGGCCCAUACUGCCCCUUGGCCGCGGUCACCGCCCCGCUGCCUGCCGCCACGCCCUUCGGGCCGCGGUCGCCGCCGUUGCCUGUCACCGGUGGCUCGGAGGCCGCCUCCCCCUUCGCCUUCCCCUUGGGCUGUGGCCGCGUCGGCCGCUUGCUAGCUUCCUCUUCCUCGUCACGGCCGGCGCACCCGCCGGCCAUGCAGGAUGAGCUGCUGGUGGGCCUGACCCAGCAGCCGGCGCGGCCGCUCUCGGGGGCGGUGGCCGCCGAUCAGCUUCCCAGCCCGCAGCCCGGUGGCGGCGGCACGAACGCGGGUGUGACCCACCUCCUCCCCUCCCAGGACUUCCAACCGAGUCUGCACCUCCCCGCCUCCUCCUCCGCCUCCUCCUGCUGCUGUGACCGCACCUCCUCCCCGCAGGACUUCAGUCAGCAGCCGCCGCCGCAGCAGCUGAGGAGCCAGAAGAGGAAAGAGUUCAGCCCCCCGCGCCUUCCCCACCCUCCGGACUUGCCGCUCCUCCAGCGCCCGCCGCCCCAGCCGCCCUUCGGCCGCCCGCACCCGCCGCCGGACUUGGUCCCGCGGCCGCGUCGAGCCGAGUUGCCCCCUCUCCCGCAGCUCCCGCCUCCCCCAAUGCGGGCUUGGCAGCCUCGACGACGCCGGUCGCCCGUCAGCCCGCAGCUGCAGCAGCAACACCAGGCGGCCGCCGCCUUCCUGCAGCAGAGGAACUCCUACAACCACCACCAGCCUCUUCUGAAACAAUCUCCUUGGAGCAACCAUCAGAGCAGUGGCUGGGGCACUGGAAGUAUGUCCUGGGGAGCAAUGCAUGGCAGAGAUCAUCGUAGAACUGGAAACAUGGGAAUUCCAGGAACUAUGAAUCAGAUCUCUCCUUUGAAGAAACCGUUUUCUGGUAAUGUCAUAGCCCCACCAAAAUUCACGCGAUCCACUCCAUCGCUGACCCCAAAGUCUUGGAUUGAAGAUAAUGUAUUCAGAACAGACAACAAUAGUAAUACACUCUUACCCUUACAGGUGAGAUCUAGUUUGCAGUUGCCAGCUUGGGGCUCAGAUUCACUCCAAGAUAGUUGGUGCACUGCAGCCGGAACAUCCAGAAUAGACCAGGAUCGAAGUAGAAUGUAUGACAGUUUGAAUAUGCACUCUUUGGAAAAUUCCCUUAUCGACAUUAUGAGAGCGGAGCAUGAUCCUCUGAAGGGUCGAUUGAACUAUCCACAUCCAGGGACUGACAAUCUGCUGAUGUUAAAUGCAAGGAGUUAUGGGCGAAGACGAGGUCGUUCUUCCCUCUUUCCAAUAGAUGACGGCUUGCUGGAUGACGCUCAUAGUGAUCAAGUUGGUGUUUUAAACUCACCCACAUGUUAUUCAGCCCAUCAAAAUGGAGAGAGGAUAGAACGUUUCUCUCGAAAAGUUUUUGUUGGUGGUCUUCCUCCUGAUAUUGAUGAAGAUGAAAUAACAGCAAGCUUCAGAAGGUUUGGGCCUUUGGUAGUAGACUGGCCUCACAAAGCCGAAAGCAAGUCCUAUUUCCCACCAAAAGGCUAUGCAUUCCUUCUCUUUCAAGAAGAGAGCUCCGUUCAGGCUCUGAUUGAUGCUUGCAUUGAGGAAGAUGGGAAGCUCUAUCUGUGUGUGUCCAGUCCCACUAUCAAGGACAAACCAGUUCAGAUCCGUCCUUGGAACUUAAGUGAUAGUGAUUUUGUGAUGGAUGGUUCUCAGCCUUUGGAUCCCCGAAAAACAAUUUUUGUAGGAGGUGUGCCUAGGCCAUUAAGGGCUGUGGAACUUGCUAUGAUAAUGGACCGGCUGUAUGGUGGAGUUUGUUAUGCAGGAAUUGAUACAGAUCCUGAGCUCAAAUACCCAAAAGGUGCUGGACGUGUUGCUUUCUCUAAUCAGCAGAGCUACAUUGCUGCCAUCAGUGCUCGGUUUGUCCAGCUUCAGCAUGGUGACAUUGAUAAACGCGUGGAGGUGAAGCCAUAUGUGCUCGACGACCAGAUGUGUGAUGAAUGCCAGGGCGCACGCUGUGGUGGGAAAUUCGCUCCUUUCUUUUGUGCCAACGUCACUUGCCUGCAGUAUUACUGUGAGUUUUGUUGGGCAAACAUCCACUCUCGUGCAGGACGUGAGUUCCAUAAGCCAUUGGUAAAGGAAGGUGCUGAUCGCCCACGUCAGAUCCACUUCCGCUGGAACUAA